AUGGAGCUAUUGCUCGCCCUGUCAUGGAUAAUGCUAGGAGGACUGGCUCCGACGCCGAGCGUCGCCAAUCCAGACGCCAAGAGGCUCUACGAUGAUCUACUCUCCAACUACAACCGCCUCAUCCGACCCGUAGGCAACAACUCGGACCGACUCACCGUGAAGAUGGGCCUCCGGCUUUCGCAGCUCAUUGACGUGAAUCUCAAGAACCAAAUCAUGACCACCAACGUAUGGGUCGAACAGGAAUGGAAUGACUAUAAGUUAAAAUGGAAUCCUGACGACUAUGGUGGUGUGGAAACUCUCCACGUUCCUUCCGAACAUAUUUGGCUUCCAGACAUCGUCCUUUAUAAUAACGCUGAUGGGAACUACGAGGUGACGAUAAUGACUAAAGCAAUCCUUCACCACACGGGCAAAGUAAUAUGGAAACCGCCCGCCAUAUAUAAAUCAUUCUGCGAGAUUGACGUGGAGUACUUCCCCUUCGAUGAGCAGACGUGCUUCAUGAAGUUCGGCUCGUGGACUUACGACGGGUACAUGGUCGAUCUACGACAUCUACAACAAGUCCAAGACUCCAACAAGAUCGACGUAGGCAUAGACCUGCAAGAUUACUACAUAUCAGUGGAGUGGGACAUCAUGAAGGUCCCCGCUGUACGCAACGAAAAAUACUACUCCUGCUGCGAGGAGCCCUACCCUGACAUCAUCUUCAACAUCACCUUGAGAAGGAAGACCCUCUUCUACACGGUGAACCUCAUUAUUCCCUGCGUGGGGAUAUCGUUCCUGUCCAUACUGGUGUUUUACCUUCCUUCAGACUCCGGGGAAAAGGUGUCGCUCUCCAUCUCGAUCCUGCUAUCUCUCACUGUGUUCUUCUUACUGCUGGUGGAGAUCAUCCCUCCUACUUCCAUUACAGUGCCUCUGCUAGGAAAAUACCUCCUCUUCACAAUGUUGUUGUGCACACUCUCAGUCGUUAUCACCAUAGCCGUUUUGAACGUAAACUUCAGGUCGCCAGUGACGCACAAGUUGGCCCCAUGGGUGCGAGCCUGCUUCAUCGACUUCCUGCCCAAGUUCCUGUUCAUUGAGAGACCCAAGAAAGACGACGACGACAAGGGGCAGGACAGUAUGUUAACGGACGUAAUCCAGGUGCCCAUAAUGGACAAAUUUUUUACUUGCCGUUACACUCAAAUAAAGCUAGAAUACUUUGAUCCAGGUCUUCCACCCCCUAGGUUCGAGGUGCCACCGCCAAGCGGUUUGGGAUCCUGCUUCGGAGAACCGCCAUUCCCCCUUCCUCUCUCAGGUGGCGACGAGGAAUUAUAUAGCCCUGCAAGUUGCAGGACGAACACCUUUGACGGCACCAGCGACAUCAGCCCGUCCUUCGACAAGAUGGACAUCCACGAUAUGGAGAAAACAAUCGCGGAUUCGAGGUUUAUUGCUCAACACGUUAGAAAUAAGGACUCUUUCGAGAAUGUAGAGGAAGACUGGAAAUACGUGGCAAUGGUCCUGGACCGAUUGUUCCUUUGGAUCUUCACCCUAGCCUGCGUCGUAGGCACAGGCAUCAUAAUUUUCAACGCCCCCUCCCUCUACGACACCACUAAGCCCAUCGAUGUACUCAUUUCAAAAGUGGCAAAGAAAAAAAUGGCGCUGCUCAAAAUGGUGCCGGAAGAGUUGUAG